CGACACAAAAGGAGCUCUUUCAUCUUCACCUCGGGAUACGUACUCGUGAAUUUGUCUGUAGUGUCAUUCGAAGAUUCUGGAUAUCUAAAAGAACAAGAAAUAGAAAUACUCUAGAAUUAUUGAUUGAGGAAUUGACGCAAAAGGAAAUUGUAGGUUAUUUCAGUAUUCCUCUUAAAUUAUUCUCCAAUAAUGGAAUAUAUCAAGAUAUCAAAAAGCGUUGUGCUAUAAAAUUGGGAGUAUUAUCUCAAUGUAUCGUCGGUUCGCAUAUUGAAGGAAGCCAAGGAAAGUGGAGACUAAUCUUUGCAAGCAUUGUCCUCAAGAUUAACGGAAAACUGAGUGGGACGAACUACACGUUAGCGCGACGUGAGAUCGGCUUCUUUGAAAGGGAUUUAAAGGAGAAGACAAGUGUAAUCUCAAUACGCCAUGUUACACCGGUUCAUUACGCGCGCCAUAUCGCGAAACAAACGAAAUACUUUAUCCAGUAUGAAGAAUACCUAACACUAAGCACCAGAGGCGGGCGCAGUGGUCGUGACGACCGCGGCACUCGUAGAGGUCGUGAUUGCGAUAGAGGUCGCGGUCAGGAUAGCCCAAUGAGAGUUAAAAACGGAAGAGUGCUG